GAUUACCUAAGGCCACAGAAUGAGACUCACGUUUUUGUGGUUCUGUUUCUUUGGAUUGGGAGCGCUCGCUAAGAGGUUACCCACUCCGGAAAGCCUUGAUUUUCGCUGGCAAAUUACCGAGGAUGAAAAUGGACACAAGCACCUGGUGGAUGGCGAAUUAUUCAGCAGUCCGGAGAUGCUGUUCAAUCCAGAAAAGGAUAUUCGAUUUUUGCUGUACACCCGUUCCACGGCUGAUAGCCCGCAAAGGAUUGCUAACAAUGACUAUGAUUCGGUGAUGAGCUCUCAAUUUAAUCCAAACAACCCAACGAGAAUCGUAAUUCACGGUUGGGGUGGCAGUCAAAAUUCGUUGAUAAAUCUCAACAUUCGCAAUGAGUUGUUCAACCAGGGCCAGUUUAACUUCAUCUUUGUUGACUGGGGAGCGGGCAAUGAUCCGUUCUAUCCUAACUCGCGACGAUUGGUGUACCCGGUGGGAAUUGCUACGUCCAAUUUAAUUGAUUAUCUGGUAAAAGUUGCCGAUUUAGAUAGAGCAGAUGUGGUUGUGAUCGGACAUAGCUUGGGAGCACAUGCUGCUGGUAACGUUGGAAAGGGGCAGUUAGGUCGGUUACCGACUAUAAUUGGAUUGGAUCCUGCGUUACCAUUUUUCGCGGGGGAUGUAAUCGAUCGGAUUAAGAAAACGGAUGCCGAGCACGUGGAAAUUAUACAUACUAAUGGGGGAGUAGCAGGAUUCCUGGAUCCGAUUGGGGACGCAGAUUUUUAUCCCAAUUGGGGACGAAUUCAACCGGGAUGUGGUCCAGACGUCGGCGGAGGUUGUGCUCAUCAACGUGCAGUAGAUUAUUAUGUUGAGUCGAUUGCUUCGAGUGUCGGGUUCAACGCUGUGCAGUGUUCUAGUUUCCAGGAUAUCAGGCGGGGAAUUUGUUCAGCAACUGGAGAAACUGCCAGGAUGGGCGGAGAACCACCGAAUAGAGGUACAGCGGUGCGUGGGGUUUAUCAUCUGUCUACCGCCGGGGAAAGACCCUUCGCAAUGCUAAAUUAGUAUACAACAACCAAACCCUUCUGAAAUAAAAAAGCUAGCCAACUAUUGACUGUAUAUUGACUUGCAAAAUACAAAGAAAUAAACUAUUUAGAUAACAAAUUAAA